AGCUGUCCAGUACUCUGGCCAGCCAUUUACUUCCCCUUCCCCCCACCCAAAUCUUCUCUGGUUCCCUAACCUCAGUGAGAUUGCAGCCAGUCUGGGGACCUGGGGGAGACAUGGAGAAAGACGGGGGAUCCCCUGGCUGGAGCUGACCGACAGAGUAGGCAGUCAUGGCUGGAGAAUUGGAUAUCAGAGUAAUGUUUGUCCUCUGGAAACAUCCUUUACAGGAGGUCCGGUCAAAAUUCACUAGGUAGGAGGGUCGUCAGCUGGAAAAAGCCGGAGCCUGGGGGGACCUGGCCGCAUAGGUAUGGGGGAUCCAGGCUGGUCUCCCCAUGGCAGCCCCCCAACUCUAAGCACUCUCACCCUCCUGCUCCUUCUCUGUGGACAUGCUCACUCUCAAUGCAAGAUCCUCCGCUGCAAUGCUGAGUAUGUAUCAUCCACCCUGAGCCUUAGAGGUGGGGGUUCACCGGGAGCGCUUCGAGGAGGAGGAGGUGGGGGCCGGGGUGGAGCCGUGGGCUCCGGCGGCCUGUGCCGAGCCCUCCGCUCCUACGCUCUCUGCACCCGGCGCACCGCCCGCACCUGCCGCGGAGACCUGGCCUUCCAUUCGGCCGUGCACGGCAUCGAAGACCUGAUGAUCCAGCACAACUGCUCCCGCCAGGGCCCCACGGCCCCUCCCCCGCCCCGCGGCCCAGCCCUUCCGGGCUCGGGCCCUGUCCGCUCCUCUGGCCCCCCAGCCCCGGACCCCUGUGACUACGAAGGCCAGUUUUCCCGGCUGCACGGUCGUCCCCCGGGCUUCCUGCAUUGCGCCUCCUUCGGGGACCCCCACGUGCGCAGCUUCCACCACCACUUUCACACGUGCCGUGUCCAGGGAGCUUGGCCCCUGCUGGAUAAUGACUUCCUUUUUGUCCAGGCCACCAGCUCCCCCGUGGCAUCGGGGGCCAACGCCACCGCCACGCGGAAGCUCACCAUUAUAUUUAAGAACAUGCAGGAAUGCAUUGACCAGAAGGUCUACCAGGCUGAGGUGGACAAUCUUCCAGCAGCCUUUGAAGAUGGUUCUAUCAAUGGAGGCCACCGACCUGGGGGUUCAAGUUUGUCCAUUCGAACUGCUAACCCUGGGAAUCACGUGGAGAUCCGAGCUGCCUAUAUUGGCACAACUAUAAUCAUUCGACAAUCAGCCGGGCAGCUCUCCUUCUCCAUCAAGGUAGCAGAGGAUGUGGCCAGGGCCUUCUCAGCUGAGCAGGACCUGCAGCUCUGUGUCGGGGGGUGCCCCCCAAGUCAGCGACUCUCCCGCUCAGAUCGCAGUCGUCGGGGAGCUAUAAACAUUGAUACUGCUAAACAGCUGUGCAAGGAAGGGCUGCCAGUUGAAGAUGCUUACUUCCAUUCCUGUGUCUUUGAUGUUUUGAUCUCUGGUGACCCCAACUUCACUAUGGCAGCUCAGGCAGCUUUGGAGGAUGCCCGAGCUUUCCUGCCAGACUUAGAAAAACUGCACCUCUUCCCCUCAGAUGCUGGGGUUCCUCUUUCCUCAGGAACCCUCCUGGCUUCACUCAUGUCUGGGCUCUUUGUUCUGUGGCUUUGCAUUCAGUAACUAGGCCAGCAACCCUGUGGCUGGUGCAGAAAUGAUCAGGGGUUAGAGACAGGGAAGAACAUGAAGAAAUCAGUGAAGGGAACAUUGGGAACUAGAAGACACCUGAAAAGGAUGCCUGGGUGACUCAGUGAUAGAGCGUCUGCCUUUGGCUCAGGGAAUGAUCCCGGGAUCGAAUCCCACACAGGUCUUCCUGCAGGGAGCCUGCUUCUCCCUCUGCCUGUGUCUCUGCCUCUCUCUGUGUGUCUCUCAUGAAUAAAUAAAGUCUUAAAAAAAAAAAAGACACCUGAAAUAAUGACAUUUAACCAGAGUCAGAUAAGGCUGCAGUCCAGGAUUGAAACGAUCACAGAAUAAGGAUUCUGGGCAAAGCUUUUGCAAUCUAGAUCUCUAUAAGUGCUCUUCGUCAAUUUUCCCAGGCCCAGUUAUAAUAAGCGAUUGUUCUAGUCUAGCUACUCCUGAAAUCACCCCAACAAACUUAGAAGCUUGAUGACCAGUAGAAAACUUGUUCAAGAGGAAAGAGUUGGAAGAGGAAGACAUGAUCAUUUACCUAUGAGAGAUUUAAAAAUGUAACGAUAUUUUCUCUUAGAAGAUGGAAAGAGGAGGAAAUUAUUAAGGAUGGAGUCUAUUUGACAAAUAAAAGUGAGUAAGAUGUGUUCUUUCUUGGUUCAGAAAUGAAAUAGGGGUUGUCUGGAUCUUAGGAGAAAGAAAACUCUGCCUUUGGAGAAUGGCACAGAUAGGAAAGAAGCUAGCAUUCCCACCCCUAACUAAUCUUUAUUAAGGCUAUGAAUUGGGAUGCCUGUGUGGCUCAGUAGUUAAAUGUCUGCCUUUGGUUCCCGUAGUGAUUCUGGGGUCCUGGGGUCAAGUCAUGCAUCAGGCUCCCUGCAUGAAGCCUGCUUCUCCCUCUGCCUGUGUCU